CCAACUCUCCUUGGUACAAUUUCAUAUGGCGUCGCAUUGGCACCAGAAUCCCGCCAGCCCACUCCACUCUUCGACUAUCUGACACCGUAUCUGUCCUCAUGCUCACAUCCGCUCAGGCCACCGAUGAUGGACGCUAUCGAUGUCACGUUGUUCGUGAAUCGCAUCAGUCGGGUCAUCACAUCUGGACGGGUGCAUCCGCUUCCUCCGAAGGCAUUUCUCCGGAGGAUGUCGACGGAAAAAUCAUCUUCCCGUCAGACAGUAAUGACACACAUUCAAGCAAGCACAACCCCGCGGUUCUGUACCUGGACCUGGAUGUCUAUCGUA